UGUGUGUCUGUGUGCGGAGAGGGAUUACCAUUACGCACGUUACGCGGAGCGCAGUUCUGGUGAUGCGCUCAGUCGGGAGAUGUGCAGCGGGGAGCAGUGAUCGUCAGCGCGGUUAUUCAGCGACACACACGGCCCAGUAGCACCAGCAGGAGCGGAGGAGGAGAUCACCUUGUGGUUCUGCACAUCGCGGCGAGAUAACCCGUGCGUCGUAUUCACUUUGGCUUCUGCGCCCUCGUUGCUGGGUGCAGUGGAAGUCAAAGAUGCGCACCGCUAAACAAAGGGUUUAGAGGGUGAGAAUCUCCGGCACGUUUCCACCCUGACAGUCCCGCUGCUUCCCCCCCCCACCCAAACGUUUGGACCCGUCACGACCCGGGAUUUAUGCCGAUCCAGCCUCUGAGGACGACGGGCUGAGUAACCGGGUCCCUACGGCAGGGAGCGCGGAGCAGGAGGAAUCAUCUGAUCGCGCACCGCUCCAUGUGGAUGUGGGGGUGAAAUAACCAAAGACGGCUUGUUCCGAAAUGUGACAUUUUUUUCUUUGAAAUUAUUUCUCCCAUUAAACCCGACGAAUCAGCGUCUGCCAUCGCUCACGAUCGGAUUUGUUUACAUCGAUAAAGAAAUGGCGUUCCACCCUGUCCUCCUCCUGCUGCUGCUGACUGUUGCUCAUCAUGCCAGUAGUCAGAACUCCGAGGACUCUGAGGCUCUUCCAAGAGGCUGUGGCUGGGGCCUUGAGCCUCCCUACACACUCCUCUGCGACCUGGACUCCAUCUGGGGUGUAGCUGUUGAGUCUGUGGCUGCAGGCGGGAUCCUGGCUGCCAUCUUAUUAGCUCUUGUCCUGCUGUGCCGUUUACGCCACAUCAGUGAGGCUGAGAAGCGCAGCGCCGUGGGACCCCUCCUCCUGCUCCUCCUCGGCAUCCUUGGCUUGUUCGGCCUGAGCUUUGCUUACCUGAUUGAUCAGGAUGAGUCGUUAUGUCUGCUCCGCAGGGCCCUUUGGGGUCUCCUGUUUGCUCUCUGCUUCUCCUGCUUGCAAGUGCAGGGUGUCCGUCUGCGCAGGCUAGGCCAGGAGCGUCGGAGCCCUGGUGGCUGCGCCCUCACUGGCCUGGCGCUGGGUUUGAGUGCAGUGCAGGGCAUCAUUGCUGCUGAGUGGCUUCUUCUGACCGUGCUGCGGGAGGGACGAGCUGCCUGUCAGUACCUACCUGUGGACUUCUCACUAGCCUGCAGCUACGUACUAGCACUCCUAUUGGCAGCACUAACUGCCGCCUCCCUGGCCCUGUGUGGGAAGUCACGUCAGUGGCGCUGCAACGCCAUUUGGCUGGUGUUGACCUGCCUGCUUUCGCUGCUGCUGUGGGUGGCCUGGGUGGGCUUCUAUCUGUACGGAAAUGUGCUGGGGAGGUCCCCGGACUGGAAUGCAACACUGGCCAUCGCUUUGGUGGCUCAGGGCUGGCUGCUGCUUAUCUUCUACGCCAUACCUGAAUCAGACAUCUGCCUGAGAGCCCCACCGCAGCCCACUGCCCCGGAUUACUUUGACACCUCCCAGAAUUCAACUCGUAUGAGGGAGACCAGCUUUGAUGAAGAUAUCCCUCUCUCUCACCGGCAGUUUGUGGAGAACCAGGGCUACGGAUACAGCGAUGAGAACACUGCAGGCUUGAGGAGCGGUGGCGGCUGCGGGCAACACAACAGUAACACCGCCACCAGGCCCAGCGCUCCUUUCCGCAGCAACGUCUACCAGCCCACCGAGAUGACCAUGAUCCUAAAUGGGGGAGCGGUGCCCUCUGCCCCUCCAACCUACACAGGGAGGCAGCUGUGGUGAGUAACAGGGACUGGAAAGAGGAAGAAGAAGAUGAAGAAGAAGAAGAAGAAGAUGGAGAGAGUGAGGAGGGAUGGUUCCAGGAUGAGGGGACUGCCUGGUUGUUUCGGACAUGGAUCGCAAUCUGUGUACAGACUUUAACACUGACUGUGUGCCAAUCAACUUUUAUGAAGAAUGAGUGUGUGUGUGACUGAGCGGAAAGUAGGGUAUGGAGGACAGAGCUAAAGCUCUUCCAGCACAAAAAAAUCUCUACAGAAGGGUUUUAGAAACUCAAAGUGUGACCAGAAAGUCGCAAAACAAAACGCACGCUGACUCUGAUCAGAAAAUAUAAACAUGCAGUAUUCUUUUUCAUCUGAUUUCCUCUCCUGAGACUGGAGCACUGUAAGCAUCCUUGAAAACUGUGAAAUGUAUUACUCUUUCCUGCUCUCUCUCUCUCUCUCUCCCUCUCUCUCUCUCUGUCAGUUAAGACAUCUUUUCUGCUGCGCCUCACAACGCUGGCGCUCAAGUGGAAAAAUUUGGCUCUGUCCUCCAUCCAUCCACAGUGUAGGUGAAGACAAAGCACAUGGGCAACUGUACAGCUUGAGCACUGCCCGCUUAAAAAGAAUCCAGCCUCUGUGGGUGUGUAUGUGUGCAGUAGAAUACGAGAGGAGAGAGUGCGUGUCUCGUUCCCUAAAAUCUCAACUCGGCCCCUCCAACAAACCUACCCCACCACCACCACCAACAACACCACCACCCAUUUCCUCUCUCCCCAUCACUGUACUCCUCUGUGGAUAUGACACCAAACUCCUCUCACCUGCAUGGACACUAUUGCAAAGACAAACUGUGAAACCCUGAACUGCGCUGGGGAAAGAAGUUCCCAGUGACCACAGACACAACAAAAGUAGCUUGGAGCACCUGACCAGUGGGACCACAAGCUGCUAAUGAACUGCUGUUAGAUAUAUACGGUGGAGUAGAGUGGACUCUCAUUGGACAACGAGGGCGUCAGUCGUCAACGGGGAGGCACUGAUUCAUGAAUCUAGGUCAGACUGCUGCGCUGCUCUCCCCACAUCUCCGGUGGCCACUGGCGCUUUUGAAGCAGCCAGGAGAAACUGUCACUUUAUAUCAGCAGGAAACAGAGCGAGGAAAUGAAAUGGUCUCCCGUUCUUAGUUCCUCUAUCCGUGUUUAAGUGUGGCGCGUACGUCAGUGUUGUGUAUUUUAUGCGUGUCAGGAGUUGGUGGUUGGGUGGAGUUGGGAUUUCAAAGUCAAGGUUGCGCUCUGGUGCUAACUACUCCUUUCGCACGGCUUCCAAGCGAGGCACAGAACUGCAUGCGGAAACCCUGGUGCAGACGGCAGUGAAACAGUGAGGGGACGGUUAUAUAUAGAGAGCGGCUGCGGCUGGUGUGCGGAGAUAUCCCAUAGCCUCACAGAGAUCAGAUUUACAGUGCAAGGUGGAAAGGACGAGAUCAAAUGCAAAAAGAGGGAGAAGGGAGGGGGGUGGGGGGUCCAUGCGACAUUGAGAUCUCUGGGACUUCCGUCACUCGGCCUCCAAACAGUGGGAGAAAAUGGCUCCCUCCCUGGUCUGUCCCGUGUGUGUUGCUGUGUGUUCUGUGGGGGUGGCCGUGCUGCUCUUCUCUGUGGGGUUGUCUUCUUUAUCUGGUGAAGAGUCUCUCUCCCCCUCCUCCUCUUUCCCACUCCUCCUCCUCCUCCUGUCUCUCUGUGGUCGGCUGUAGCUCAAGUCCACGUGCCAAGAAGGACUCCUGUUUCACUGGUGUCUCUGUUUCACACCCGUUCCCUCCAUUGUGACACCAGCGCUCUCUUUCACCCGAGAAGCUGUGUACAUAGUAGUGGUGUAAAGCUUUGCUUGCUUGUUUACUUUUUUUUUUAAACUGUAGGCCGAGUUUAGACACCAGUGUCAUAUGACCCACUGGAGAACUGACUACUGCAAACUGUUUUUAUUCUGGGGUAUUUUUUUAAAUGGUUUGCUUCGUGUUCAAACACUGCUUACUGUCACAUUAUGCUUUUUAUCCUGCUGGUGUCUUUUAAUUUUUUUAAUUAGCAUUUUUGGAUAUGUUUUGCCAACACUUGAUAUGCUUUUUUUUUUGUUUGAUUCAUUUUCAGGAAAAUACAUGAUACAUGAUCACUUAUAGGGAUUUACAGUGUGUUUGUGUUCUCGGUCAAGACAGUGGUCCACUCUUUGCGGGAUACUUACUUUUCAUGUUUUCUGAAAAAUGACAACGGCUGUGAAUACUUUUUGGCAUUUCAUGCAGUAAACAAUGACUUACACUGCGAGACAAUUAUAAUAAACAGAGCAGAGAGGGCAGAAUCCAUUUGAAGCCCAUCAAUAGUCAUUUCGCUGAACCCCUUGUCUUACAGCAGCCCUCGACAAAGAAAAGAUUAAGGGUCAAUUCUUCACUGCUGCUGUAUGUUUAUGUCUUACCCAAUAGCUAUUCUAAAAUAGGACUGGUCAGCAGGCCAGCUCCGUGCCCAAAGAGAGCUCUGUUUGGUUCAGAAACAGGCUGCGGGCCCUGGAUCCGUUAGUCGCCGCCCAUGAAGGAGAACUGUCCCUCAGGGUUUUGGAUGGUCGGCAGUUAUGAGACAAAACUCUGGAGCUUAGGGGGGGGGAGGGGUCAAUUCUUGUGAUGUUUUCACUCAAUGUGAAGUACAAAAAAAAAAAGAAUAACAUGUGACUUCGUAGAUUUUGCACUUGUCAACUACCUAUCUGUGCAUGCUUAUCACCAUUUCUACAUGUAAGACCUUUCUCAGACGUACUUUUGAAUACUAACUCUAUUUAUGUAAAAGGUCAUGUGACAGCAAUCAUAAUUUCUGUGUAUAUCAAAUGACACACAUUAAUGUCUGUGCUUUCUUAAACACAAAAGAGAGCUGGUUCUUGAGAAGCCAGGAGAUUCAAGUCAGGGGGAAACGGUCCAAAAUAGGAACAAAAUGCCAACGACACUGGACCUAAUAAUAACUUCCUCAGUUAGUUUGAAGACAAGAGGGGAAUAAAAAAAAAAAAAGAGAAUCUUCCGACUGGUAUCGUCUCUGUGUUUAAAAUCAAAUAGACUGUGGUGAUAUUUGCACAAAAUUUCUAUAUGUUAUAUCUGUCAUCCCUGGGCAGCCUGUUCAAACACCCAUCCUCCCUGGGCUUGACACGUCCCUGCUUGUCCUCUCCCGAUUUGUGUUGCCUUCAGACUGUUCCAGUGGGGCAGCUGACAGGGGUGAUACUGGUUUCCACAGCUGUGACUGUGCAGUGACGCAGCAUGCCUAUGUAUAGAACUUGAUUCCCCGAUUAGAAGAAAAACAAAACAAAAAAAUAACAAAAUGGUUCAAUCUCUUGUUUCUGUAUCUGAUUCAGGAAAAAGCUCAAUAAAAGUGUCAUGUUUGUAGUUAA